AUGGUGAGCGUGUCAAUGGGACAUAAUGCUGACAAGAAGCAGGUUGUCACAAUUGGCAUGGACGUCUUGGACUGCCCUGUCUGCUUUGAACCCUUCAAGCCUCCGAUUUUCCAGUGUUCUGUGGGGCAUUUCAUCUGCUCCUCUUGCUGCAACAAGCUGAAUAAGUGCCCUGGGUGCUCAAGAACCUCCUUUGAACACUGCUUGGGCAUGGAGCGCAUUGUCGAAUCCGCAGUGGUUCCUUGCACCUACGCCGAGCAUGGAUGCACCAACAAGAUGUCACGCCCUGAACUAGCCCUGAACAGAACUAGCGCCACGACGGAGCGGGCGCUACACAAGAUCACCUACUUCAACAAGAAAAGCCAUGAGCAGGCGUGCUCCUACGAGCCGUGCUUCUGCCCGGACUCUGGCUGCGGCUUCAGCGGGUCAGUGGCGACGCUCUGGAAACAUUUCACCACUCAACACAAGUGGCCGUCCACGGAGUUCAAGUACUAUACACCGUUCGACCUCAGAGUCAAACCAGGCGCCCACUUCCUCCGAGCUGGCGAUGGUCAGCUCUUCGUGAUGAACAUGGUGUCGGUGGAGCCAGUCGGCCAUGGGGUCUCCCUCGUCUGCAUCCAGCCGAACACUUCGGAGUCCAGUUUCAGGUGCAAUGUUGUCUUCUCCAGCUUCACGGGCCAUCACCAGAUCUCGACGCUGGAGUCAGUCAGGUGCUCGUCGCUGUCGGACGGGCUUCCAAAGAACUACUUCUGCAUCGUGCCCAAGUCUCCUGGUGGUGGCGCUGCCGUCUUGCUCAGAAUCACCAUCGACACUAAGUUGGUGCUCGAAGUCGAGGACGAACAGGAGGAGGAGGAGGACGAUGACGACUAUGAUGAGGAUGAGGAUGAGGAUGACGAGAGCGACGACGAGGAUGGGAAUUAGGGGGCAAUUGUCUGUGGACAUGGAUAGGAGUACGCAAAAUUAGUUUAGCUUAGGACAGGUUCUUUGUAUGGAUGUCCACAUGCCAAAAGCUCAUCAAGCAGACUAUAUUUUUUAGUGCUUCAUAGGAGUAUUAUUAUUCAGUAACUGAGUUUAUAUCUUCUUUGUUGAUACAAGUAUGACUUGGAGUAUA